AAUUAAAUUUCAUAAAAUCUGGGUAGUAGGUACAGUGUGACAAAAUUAUUAUUGAUUUUAAUAUUUAUUAAACCAUAGUUUUAUCGGCAUACGGAUUUUAAGAAUUGCUGCUGUUAAUAAAAUAAUUUAAGAACUACCCCACGUUGAUUUGGGGCAUAACAAUGACUACGAUAUCAUUCGCUAAAAGUUUGGUUAACCCAGCUCUUAAAGUCCUCUUAAAGCAGAGCCAUUGUUCAAAUAUUCGUGUUGCUUCGAUAUCACCUGCGCUUUCUCCACUUAGUAUUAUAUUAAGGAGAAACUAUGCAGAGAAGCAGGUUUUUGAACGGACUAAACCACAUUGCAAUGUUGGAACCAUUGGGCAUGUAGAUCAUGGAAAAACAACACUAACUGCAGCAAUCACCAAAGUAUUAUCAGAUCGUAACUUAGCACAGUCCAAAGGCUAUUCCGAUAUUGACAAUGCCCCUGAGGAGAAGGCUCGUGGAAUCACAAUCAAUGUUGCCCAUGUUGAAUACCAAACUGAACAGAGGCAUUAUGGUCACACUGACUGUCCUGGUCACGCUGACUACAUUAAGAAUAUGAUUACUGGUACUGCCCAGAUGGAUGGUGCUAUUCUUGUAGUAGCUGCAACUGAUGGAGUGAUGCCUCAAACAAGAGAACAUUUAUUGCUUGCCAAACAAAUAGGAAUCCAACAUGUAGUAGUUUUCAUUAACAAGGUUGAUGCUGCUGAUCAAGAAAUGGUGGAGCUUGUGGAAAUGGAAAUCCGUGAACUGAUGACUGAAAUGGGAUAUGAUGGUGACAAAGUACCAGUUAUUAAGGGAUCAGCUUUAUGUGCCUUGGAAGGAAAGAGUCCAGAGAUGGGAGCUGACUCAAUUUCCAAACUUCUUGAAGAAGUAGAUGCAUUCAUUCCCACACCUGUCCGUGAGCUUGAUAAACCAUUCCUAAUGCCUGUUGAAUCUGUACACUCAAUUCCUGGACGUGGUACUGUCAUUACAGGCCGUUUACAUAGAGGUGUGCUCAAAAAGGGUACAGAAUGUGAAAUUGUUGGACACGGCAAAGUUAUGAAGACCACUGUAACAGGAGUUGAGAUGUUCCACAAGACCUUAGAUGAAGCUCAGGCUGGUGAUCAGCUUGGUGCUUUGGUACGUGCCAUUAAAAGAGAACAGAUCAGACGUGGAAUGGUUAUGGCGAAACCCGGAACAGUGAAAGCCCAUGACAAUAUUGAAGCUGCAGUGUAUAUAUUGAGUAAGGAAGAAGGUGGCCGUGCUAAACCCUUCACAUCGUUUAUUCAGCUGCAGAUGUUCUCCAUGACAUGGGAUUGCGCUACACAAGUAACUAUACCUCAAAAGGAAAUGGUCAUGCCUGGGGAAGAUGCAACUUUGCAGUUGAGACUUUUGAAGCCCAUGGUAUGUGAAACAGGGCAAAGAUUUACUUUGCGUCUUGGUGACAUCACUUUAGGAACUGGUGUUAUUACAAAGAUAAACAAAGAUUUAUCAGAAGAGGACAGACUCAAACUGUUGGAGGGAAAGAAGGCGAGGGAAAAGGCCGCGGCUAAGAAGUGAAUUAUAUUAUUAUUAUAAGAAUAGGAAUGUAGUUUAAUGUAUUGUUCGCAUUUAAAAAUAAAGCAUUGAAAAUAC